UCAAGAGUGACUCAAGUGUUCCACAAAAUAACAUGAGCAAGACUCAAUUAUCUGAGCGACCUCUAUGUCUGUCAUGCCCUAUUUUUUUCUUAUCUAGAUAAAAGCUAUGGCACUCGAACUUGGCAUUUGUUAUGGUCUUUGCUCAGAGGGUGUUUUAUUGCUAAUUAUGUCCAGGAUAGUUUAGAAUACCCUAUCCUGUACCCACAUGCGACAGCCUAGAAGUCUGCAGUGGCAGCAUAAAGGGAUCAACUAUUUGCCAACAGAAUGAAAGACAACAAAAUCUUUCUAGACGUUACAAUAGUUAGAACUAGGAAUGCUCGUACUUUUUACACGGAAACAUACUACUAAUGUUAAGUUAGUAACUCAUUUCAACAUUCUCAACCAGCCAAAAUCACCUGGAAAGCAAUGAGACUCACGUUCUCCCUGCCUUGAUAGCCAGCAGUGUGCUCACUCACAUUGCUGAGAGCACGCGGCCAACUCAGAGCAAUUUUCUCAAGGUGAGAGGGCAAGUAACAACAAAAUUGCCAGCAACAGAAGCCUCAGUUCCCAGCGAUAGGAUUCCCGUGGUUGCACAGAAAGUAAUGAAUAUCAAUUCCAUGGCAAUCUUAUUUACUUCCUAGGAGAAAACACUCUCCAACACAGACACUCAAGCCUCCAUAAGUUCACAGGAAAGACAGAAAAAUGUAAGAUAGAAAGCAGACUGGGGAAAGAGAUCCAUCCAACAGCUGUAUCCGUGUCACGUAUCUCAUUUCUAUUUAGCACCACUGCACAGGAAACUUUCCAAAAAUGAAGAUGCUCUCAGUUCUGCUUCUGCUGAGUACCCUCCUGGGUGUCCACACAGUGCCCUCCUGGCAGCCCAAGUGCUAUAAGAGGGUCCUGCAUGACCACAGCUGUCAAAGCAUUCCCAAGGGCAUGGCGAGCCUCCGGCAAGUUGAUGAGAACCUGCAGGAUCACUUUUGGGAAGGAGAAGGCUGCGAGACCAUCUGUUACUGCAACUUCAAGGAACUGCUCUGCUGUCCAAAGGAGAUUUUCUUUGGACCGAAGAUAUCUUUUGUGAUCCCCUGUAACAGUGAGUGAUCAACACUGAGCCUGCCACUGAGGACAACUGACAUCAUUCCACAAUCACAAAAUACACUUUCAAGGGAAAAAACAAAGCCAGCAACAGCCAAAACAAAAUAAACUUUCUCUCUAAGCACACUGUAGAAACUGGAGAAAAACUUCCUCUCUAUGCUUUGUGAAAUGUGUAAGAAGUUCUCUUUUUGGAUAUGGUAGCUGCCUUAAUUAGCUCCAUAAGGAUGUGAAGGACUGUAUCUGCUCAUAAUUGUCCCAGUAUUUAUCUCCUAGCAAAUGAAUAAAUAAAUAUACUUAUAUGUGUGUAUAUAUUCUGUUAAGAACCACAACAUUCUCAACUAAUUUUCAAAAAGGAACAUCAAGGUUAAGCCUUCACAUGGCUAAGAGUGACUCUUGCUGGAAUCCACUGCAGGGCAGCUUCCUAUUGC